GGCAGCCCUCGCGCGCGCCCCGGCUCCUCCUUCCGCUGGCCAGGCCCGGGCAGGUUUCGUUGGCGUCGCUCCUCUCGGGUACUUCGCUGCCUUUCUUUCUCUGCGCCUCAGGCGGCUCGGAUGGGGAAGAAGUCGCGGGCGGCGCCGGUGGGUCGGCGGCCGAUCCUGCAGCUCUCGCCGCCGGGCCCUCGCGGGGGACGGGAAGAGGCGGCGCCGGGGGACGGGGAUUCGGCUUCGGAGGCCGAUGAAUUUGAAGCAUCAGAAGAGACUUCAAGGACAGUUCCAAAUCCACCCCCAGCCAACAUGCCUGUAGCUGUUAAACCAACAGGUGGCUUAUGUUUGCUCGGUGCUUAUGCAGACAGUGAUGAAGAAGAUAGUGAAAUGUCUGAGAAACCAUCACAAUCUGCAGGUGCAAAUGCCAAUAAUUCAGCGGACAUUGACAGCACCCUUGCCAGCUUCCUAGCGGAAAUAGAUGCAAUUACAGCUCCCUCCCAACCUGUGGAGGCCACUAUUCCUGCCACUGCUCCACCUCCAACUCCUCCACGCCCAGAGCCCAAGGACUCUGCCACCAGUCAUGUUUUGGCAACUGCAAAUGGAACAGACCAAGUUCCGGAGUGGCAGUAUGAUACUCAGUGCUCACUAGCAGGAGUGGGAGUGGAGAUGGGAGACUGGCAGGAGGUUUGGGAUGAAAACACUGGCUGCUACUAUUACUGGAACAUUCAAACGAAUGAAGUUACAUGGGAACUACCCCAGUAUCUUGCUACACAGGUUCAAGGUCUCCAACAUUACCAGAGUUCUGUAACAGAUGCUGAUGAAAACUACCAGAUAGUUGCUGAUGUAACUUCCUUGGGAAAAGGCGGUGCUGCUGCUCCUGUUUCUGCUGCGAACACUGGACGGAGGACUCUAGUGAAGCGUGAGCCAAAAAAGGAACUGAAUGAAGGUAUCCAAGCCCUUUCAAACAAUGAAGAAGAAAAGAAGGGAGUAGCUGCAUCACUACUGGCUCCAUUGCUUCCAGAAGUGGUGAAGGAGGAGGAGGAACGCUGGAGGCGGAAGGUUAUCUGUAAGGAGGAGGUGGAACCAUUAAUGGAAGAAGACGUGACAGCAGAGCAGACAGCAAUAGUUGCUGAUAAGCAGCCAGAAAGCAGUCGAGAUAUUGGAGAAGACCCUUCCCAGGAGGACAUAUGUAGUGUGGUGCAGUCAGGAGAGAGUGCCGAGGAAGAAGAGGAGCAGGAUACUCUUGAGUUGGAAAUGGUAUUGGAGAGGAAGAAGGCUGAAUUGCGAGCUUUAGAAGAAGGUGAUGGGAGUAUUUCAGGCUCCAGUCCACUUUCUGACGGAAGUCAGUCAGAUCUAGCACGGCGAUUGCUACCAAAGCCAGGGAAAUGGAAGCUCUUCGGAGUUGCCAGCCCAGAAUCCACCAGCAGAGGUUCAAGCAAGACAGGCCAAGAGAGUCCUGAACCUGGAGAAACGACGGUGAAGGAAGACCCUGAAGUAGGCGGUGAGAACUCGGACCAUGAAGCAGAUACAGAGGAACCACAAGACAAAACAAAAACACAAGUAACUUCCAAGGUAGAAGAAGAGGAGCAAGACUUAAAGUUUCAGAUUGGAGAGCUGGCCAACAUGUUGAUAAGCAAGCUGGAGUUCUUGGGCAUCAAUAGGCAGUCGAUCUCUAACUUCCACAUGCUGCUGUUGCAGACUGAGACCCGUAUUGCAGACUGGCGUGAAGGAGCUCUCCAAGGAAAUUACCUAAAACGCAAAUUACAAGAUGCAGCUGAACAGCUAAAACAGUAUGAAAUAAACGCCGCCCCUAAAGGCUGGUCCUGCCACUGGGACAGGGACCAUAGGCGCUAUUUCUAUGUUAACGAACAAUCAGGCGAGUCCCAGUGGGAGUUCCCAGAUGGGGAAGAGGAAGAGGAGGGACAAACCCUAGACAAUAAAGCGGAAGCUCUUUCUAAACAAGCACUGAAGGAGAAAACAGAAUCUGGAGAGUCUACUGAUAGUACUACAGGUUCUCUUAGCAAAGAGACUCCUUCGAAUCAAGCUGCAGCUGCAUCUCUUGUGCCUCUCAGUCCAUUUUGGACUGUCCUUCAGCCCUCUGUCCCUGUCCUUCAGCCCCCUUUGCCCCUGGAAAUGCCUCCUCCCCCUCCUCCGCCACCAGAGUCACCCCCUCCUCCCCCUCCUCCUCCGCCACCGCCCCCUCCCCCUCCACCAGGGGAAGAUGGGGAAAUACAGGAAGUAGAGAUGGAGGAUGAGGAAGACGAGGAGCCACCCGCGCCAGGGACAGAGGAAGAUGAUGUCCUGAAACCUCUUCUCCGGCCAACAGUUGCCAAUAGCCAGGCUAGUACCGAUGCCAGCACAUCUGUACCUCCCUCAGCUAAAUCUUUAAAGAGGAAAGCUUCAGAAAUGAAUGCCGGAUUGGUACAACGAGCUGCAACGAUUGGAAGCUGUCCAGUACUUUAUGGCCAGUCAGUAAUAGGUACAGGUGAGUGUCAUCCCUUUGAGUCUACUUUUGUUAUUGAUCUUCAUGGCAAAAUCUUUUGGAGGCAUUCCCACUGUCCCAUCCUUAUGUUUAUAGGCCCUCAGACCUCAGGAGUGAGUUUGCAACAGAAUUACCUUGGUGUAACCCAGCCAGCACUCGUCAGCUAUCCAGAGUGCAGUGCCCCUGUGGGACUUCCUGCCAGCGCCACGCAGCCAAUUCCUUCACAAGGAGUCCCACCUGCGACCACUAGCCUUGCAGAACAUCUGCCGCCGCCACCACCACCGCCUCCCCCUCCAGUGUCACCACCUCCCCAUGCGCCCAAAGCACUGCCAGCAGAGAAGUCAAAGAAGAUUAAGAGAGCCAGCAAAAGGAAAAAAACAAAGACAAAGAUGCCGUCUCUUGUGAAGAAGUGGCAGAGCAUCCAGCGUGAAUUAGAUGAGGAAGAAAACUCCAGCUCUAGUGAUGAUGAUCGGGACAUUGUAUCACAGAAGCGAAUUGAAGAAUGGAAACAGCAACAGUUAGUUAGUGGUAUGGCAGAGAGAAAUGCCAAUUUUGAGGCUUUGCCUGAAGAUUGGAGGGCCCGACUCAAGAGACGGAAAGUCACAAGCACAUGAGGCAGCUUUGGGUUAUAUCUUGUUAUUCUUUUUUAAAACCACACAUGUACAGUUUUGCUGUUGGAUAAACUGUAACUUUUUAAGGGUACACAUUUCUGUUGAAUUACCUAACAGAGAAAUGGUGUGGACUAAAUCCUUUUGGAGUUGUAUGUGGCAGGUAGGGCUGGGAAGUAAGGAUAGGCUCGACAACUUUUGUCUUAAGCACUUCUUAAUCCAGUUCAGACGAAGUUGGGAUACAGUUCUAUCCAGCUCACUGGCGGAGCUGGUAACAAGGACUACAGAUGCACUUUGGCUGGUUCCAUUUUGAAUUCCACAUAUGCACCCCUCUCUAAACCCCAAAGUAUUCUUCCAGUUUGAAAUAUUUCUACAAGGCAUAUUUGCCAUUUGCAAGCUGGAGUCGCAGAACAAGCAAAGAGAGAUGUCAGUUCUCCUAUUGGACACAGAACUCCCUCCCAUGGGAGGGUUUAAACCCAUGUUCCAUUCCUGUUCUUGGGAACACUUGGUUCUAGGUUGCUGCUUGCUUGACUGGAAGAUUAGACUCUUCUUUCUGUCCUAAAUCCUGAGUCAGUCCUGCUGUUUUCAGGGUAUUUUCACACUUAGUGUUUCUCACAGAAUAGCCAUCUAUAUUUUUGGUGCUGUAACAUGCCAAUAGUAUUGGUGUGGUGGUAGCAUAGUAGGACAGAAGAUAGUGUGCAGCUGCUGUCCACUGACCAACCUGGAGGUGAAUCUUUCUGGCUUUCCAGGUUGGCAUCUGGAAACGGACAUGGGAUCUGCACUGUGAGGCCCUGAGGCUACUGACUGGACUGUAAACCCUUGCCUACUGUGGAUGUUGUGGGCAGCUCAGUUCAGUAGCAAUGUGCAUAAUAAGUAGUGCUAAGUCAGCCGUGUGGCAGUAUCUCUAGUAAAGAUAUGGAGGAUCCACUCCCCCUUGCUACCUAACACAUUAUCCCAUCUCACUGGCUGCUGCUUGAUGGAUGUGCAUUAGAGGAAGGGAAUAAUUUAACGUGUCUGUUAAUUGGUUUUAAGCCCCUCUUGCAAAGUUCUAGCAAAGGUGGGAUCUUCUCCUAUAUUUAAGACCAGCCUGACUCUUUCUUGCGCCCUCUCCCUUAUUUGCCUUUUUAAAAACCCAAUCAAGUGAUUAUAAUUUUCUGUAAAGUAAAAGAAAAAGCAAGCUAUGGUUGAAUGCAGUUUAUAUUUCUCCUGUUUCUGGCUUUGUAAAUUUGUACAUAUACAUUAAUAAAAUCCUUUUUUAUACUUCGGAA